UCCGAUCAGCAGAGCCGCGGGGCACCAGGUUGGACAUUGGAUCUAGUUCUACACGAUACUGGAGCGGCGAUGCUGAGGCGGAAAUUACCGAGAUUCUCCUGCUGUUCCAUAACUCGACCUCCAGGAGUCGCUGCUGAGCUGCCCGAGAACGUCGUUUAUUAUUGUAGGAUUAGGUACCGCCCCCUCACGCCGAUCACGCUCGCCCCUCCUCCUCUUUCAUUUGCCAGGCUCCGCCCUCCCGCUUGUCCCAUCCCCCUCCCCCCGGUGCGUCUGAGCUCAGUCUCCUCCAGUCGCUGCGAUCGGCCCUACAUGGAGCCCCCCGGAGUCCUGCGCUGCCCCUGAUACAAAACUGCGGCUCUCCGGCCCUUCCCUCUGCCCGGGCCCCCCUGUCUCUCUCACUGGAUUAUAUGGUCUCCCCCCGGCCCUCCUGCCGCACCAUGCAGCCCCCCCCGAGAAAGGUGAAAGUGACCCAAGAAUUGAAGAACAUUCACUGGGAGCAGAUGACAAAACUGCAAGCCAAGCACCAGGCGGAAUGCGAUUUGCUGGAAGAUAUGAGGACAUUCAGUCAGAAGAAAGCAGCGGUGGAACGAGAUUACGCUCAGACGAUUCAGAAGUUAGCCAGCCAGUAUCUGAAGAAGGAGUGGCCUGUGGUGAAGCCGGAUGAACGAAGCGAGUACAGGAGUAUAUACACGGUGUGGAAGUCAUUCCUGGAAGGCACCAUGCAGGUGACACAGUCUCAGAUUAACAUCUGUGAGAAUUAUAAGAAUUUAAUUUCCGAGCCGGCCAGAACCGUGAAACUGUACAAGGAGCAACAGCUUAAAAGGUGUGUAGAUCAGUUGAUGAAGAUUCAGGCCGAACUGCAGGAGACAGUGAAGGAUUUAGCGAAGGCCAAGAAGAAGUACUAUGAAGCCGAACAGAUGGCUCAUGCGAUGCGGGAAAAAGCCGACAUAGAUGCCAAAUCCAAACUCAGCCUGUUCCAGUCCAGGAUAAGCUUACAGAAGGCAAAUGUAAAGUUAAAAGCACGGAGAUCCGAAUGCAACGCCAAAGCCACCCACGCCCGGAACGACUAUCUUCUUACGCUGGCAGCCGCUAAUGCCCACCAGGACCGCUACUGCCAGAUUGACUUGGCCAACGCUAUGAAGGCACUGGAUGGCAACGUAUACGAUCACCUGAAGGACUAUCUGACGGCUCUCAGCAGGACGGAGCUAGAGAAGUGUCAGGCUGUGCAGAAUACAUUCCAGUAUUUAUUAGAAACCUCCAGUCGGGCUUUCAUGCAACUGAAAUUUCCUUCCUCGGUGAUGCGGGAUUACAAUCUCCAGCUCUUUAUACAGGAGAAUUUAGUGUUCCACAAAGCACAGCCUUUCCAGUUCCAGCCUUGUGACAGCGACACAAGUUUUAGUGCUGUUCCACUGGUGGACAUUGAGCCGUCUCCUGUCAGUACAAUGAGAAUGAUUUUAGCAAAGAGCCGGCAGUUGGAGUCUGAAACGGGCACCACGGAGGAGCACAGCCUAAAUAAAGAGGCCCGGAAGUGGGCGGCUCGUGUGGCACGGGAGCACAAAAAUAUCAUCCACGGUCAGCGGGCCCUGGAGGAGCUGGAAUGUCAGAGCACCCCAGUUUCAGAGCAGAGCCGGAUGGAACUUGAACAAAAGGUAGAAGAGACUAGAGAGAGUAUCCGCAAGGCAGAGAUUACAAAGCUGAAAGCUGAAGCCCGCCUGGAUCUGUUGCGACAAAUCGGUGUUUCAGUGGACACAUGGCUGAAGAGUUCAAUGAAUCAGGUGAUGGAGGAGCUGGAGAAUGAACGCUGGUCGAGCCUCCCUACCCUGAUGAAUAAUGGUUCCUCCCACCUGGGAAGCACAGAUGUGGAUCGGGAGGAGGGAGAGGAGCUGGAGGACAGCAUGGAUGCCUUUGAUGACAGCAGUUCCAGUCCGUCUGGCACCCUUCGAAAUUAUCCGCUGAUUUGCAAAGUCAUCUACUCUUACAAGGCCUCGCAGCCUGAUGAGCUGACUAUAGAGGAGCACGAAAUGCUGGAAGUGAUUGAAGACGGAGACAUGGAAGACUGGGUGAAGGCGAGGAAUAAGUCUGGGCAGGUGGGGUAUGUACCAGAGAAGUACCUUCAGUUCCCUCCAUCAAACAGCCUACUGAGCAUGCUCCAGUCCCUGGCUGCACUCGAUAAUCGCUCCCACACUUCCAGCAACUCCAAUGAUGCUGAUAUGGUCUCAGGGAGCCUGAAUGGAGACAACAGUGUCUAUUUCGUGAAAGCACUUUAUGAGUAUGAGGGCCAGACCAAUGACGAACUGUCAUUCCCGGAGGGGGCAAUCAUUCGAAUCAUGAAUAAGGAGAACCAGGAUGAUGAUGGAUUCUGGGAAGGAGAAUUCAACGGGCGCAUGGGGGUCUUUCCUUCUGUGUUGGUGGAAGAACUCACUGGGUCUGAGAAUGGAGACGCCCAGUGGUUUGGUGAUGCUCAGAUCUCUCCAUCUCCAAAGCCGCAGAACGCUAUUCCCCCACUGCCUCUCUAUGACCAGCCUCCCAACAGCCCCCUCUACAGCCCAGACAAGAAUAUCUCCCAGUACUUUCCUCGGUCGCCCUCUGGGAACGAAAACAACAUGAGUUUAGAUUCCCCGGGCUCAUCCCACCCACCAAGAAGCUUGCCAGAGACUUACCAUAGCAAGCUGCGCCCUGUGCGCGCUGCCCCUCCACCACCCACGCAGGCACAAAGGCGACCGGCUGAGAAGACAGAAGACGUUGAAAUAACAUUGGUGUAACGUCGGGUUUCCCAAACUCUCCAAAUAUCAAGGCCAAAUGAGUCGUUUGGUUGAGACGUUCAGGCACCUUCUGCAUGUAGCGAUCCAUGUCGUAUCAAGGGAAGAGGAUUUUCUACGGCUGCGGACUUACAUUGGACUUUUUGUGCCUUUCUUUUCUUAUUUUAAAUAUAAAUGUUAUGGAGCCUCUUGUAGCACAAGAAGCAAUGAGGUUAAAGUCGUGCAAUGUAGGUGAGAUCAGCUUUCUACAGAACCUUAACCUUAGAUGGCGACAUUGAGCCCUCAUAGACCCAUUCUCUGCACUAAAUAAACCUUCUCUGCAUGUUUGUACCUGGUAAUGGGUGGCGCCAUAGUGCUUGCCUCUAUAGAGUCAAUGCACACUGCUGUAAAGCAAUAUGGCAGCGCUGGGUCUAAUAUGUAGAAUCUUGCUGAUAAAGCUUGUGUGCAGAUGUGUCCCAAGGAAAUGUUGACUAUUAGUCAUCCAUCUUUUUAAGCAUUUAGGAGCAUCCCUGUUCGGAGGUUGCACCAGUGAGGAAGUAGCACUUCCCCGGCUUCUGUGCUGAGGCUGUAGAAUGACCCAAUACAUUCAGCAUAGUCAUAGAAUACUUCUAUCAUGUGCGUUAGUACAGUAUAUUACUGUUGCCAUAGGAAUGUGUUAAUGACUGUCCGAUUUCUCCAGUUCUCUGUAUGUUGAACGGAAGCAAAACUCGCGGCACCUCCUUCCUGCGCAGGAAUCCUGCAGUGCAUUGCAGAGCAACGUGCAGAAAUGGCAGAGAAUUCAGACUUAAAACUAAACGGGGGGGCUGGCUCCUCACGAUUUUAUUCCCAACCAAUGAUACGUAACACUGUACUGUGUCUCUGCCUAUCUCUUCCGUCAUUAAUCAUUCAGAUUCUAUAAUGAAGGGAUGUAUGGAUAUUUUUGCAGCUCUUUCUAGCGUACAGGUUUGCAUAGCGGAAGUCUGAGAACCUGCACGUUUUCUUCUGCUGUUGGACUACAUUUCCCAGCAUUCUCCAAUAGCCGAAGGCCUGCUGGUUGAGCCUCCCAGAGCCAAAGGCUCUGCCGUACCAUAGGAAACAUAUAUAUAUUUAAAAAACUCAUCUUCUUGUAUUUUUAUUUUAUUUCUUUCCUUCUAUUGGAAGCACUUACGGUGCUGCUUGUGUAGGCGAACAACGGAAAUCGGCAGAAAAGCAUCAUAUCAGCAUCUGAUUGUAUCACUUUCCCAUUUGCGGGCCCUUCCAACUUCCUGCUGGAUUUCCUGACUUAUGUGAGACUGUUUUUAAUGUCUUACUUCCCCUUUAUCCCUCAUUGGCUGAAGUGCUCCCAGCCUGUUUCGGAGAUAAAUCGUCUACUUACCGGAGGAUCUGUGGGCACAAUUGAAAAGCAAAGAGUCAAUCAAUACAUGGAUUUGUUUUAUUUUUAAUUGAAAGGUAUCUGUGCCCACAAGCAAAACUGCUGGUGACAUCACAGUGACAUCAUUAUACGCAAACAAAUCUGUGCGCCUUGUGGGCGUGUCCGGAGCCAAGGUUGGAAAUAUAUCGGUUCCUCCAGGGGAUAAUAUGUAACGCCAGUACACUACAAUAAUCCACGUGGGAUUUGUUAUGUUUAAAUUGCAUUUAAUUACAGUGCAAAUGUUUUAACCCUGUAUAUAUAGGUUUUUAUUGAAAAAAUCCACAAAUCAGUGAAAUUCUAUUUUUUUUUUCCCUGUUUGUAAUUUAGAAACAAUGGCUUUCCCUCCCCCAUGCUGAUUGUAUUGAGCAAAAUGUAUGUUAAUGGUUGGCCUGUGUGGUGCCAACUGAUUGUGCAAGGCUUUUUUUUAUAGAGCCGGAAUUUUCCUCGUGCGUAGGAAUGGCCAUGUUUUUCUAGGUUGAUCAUUGUUCUAAUAAGGAAUGCAGCGAAUCCAUGAUUCAGUUCGGGAUUCGGCCAGAAUUCUGCCUUUUUCAGCAGGGUUUGGCCCAACCAGAGAGGGAAAUCACGUGUCAAAACAAGGAAAUAGAAAAUGUUUUCCCCUUCCCACCCCUAAUUUGCAUAUGCAAAUGCAAAUUAGUAUUUGGAUUUGGUUCGGUAUUCAACCGAAUCUUUCACAAACGAUUCGGGGGUUCGGCCGAAUCCAAAAUAGCGGAUUUGGUGCAUCCCUAGUUCUAAUGCUUGAAUGGUAUCUUCUUGGAAGAUUCACUUUAAAAAGAAAAGGAAAAAAUAUCUUAUUUCUCCCUGUUUGUGUCUUAUUUUCUUGUCCUUUAUUGACUGCACCUUCUGUAAAUUGUUCUUUUUGUAUAUGAAUCCAAUGAGCCCUAUAAUAUGCACCAGGACUUCAAAUUCCGGCAUGAGCUGGUAGGGGAUGCUGGGAGUUCCUCUAAAGUUGCAAUUCUAUUAACAUGUGCCGCUCAGACCCCGGCAAUCAAACAACUCUUGCAGUGGAUUCUGGGAGCUGUAGUUAAAGCAACAACUAGAGUUGCACCAGUAGCAUAGACCCAGGCUUGAAAAUAGGCCACCCUCCUGAUCUUGUCCAACUCCCCAGCAUUGGGAGUUGUAAUUGGACAACAUCUGGAAAGCGGCCGUUACUGCCUGUUAUUCCCCUGUGGCCCUAUUAACUGUCAUUUUCUGUAUUGUAGGUGGGAUAGACAGGCCCCAAGCUUCCCUUCUGUGGAUCCCUGGCCAAUUCUAUUAUAUUCAUAGCAACGGUUUAGUCGAAACAAGUGUUAUUUGGAAAAAUAAAUCUUUAUAUAUUAAAAAAAGAAAAGAAGAAAAAAAAACAUUUCAGUAUGAGCUGCUACUUUAUUUAACAGAAAGAUGUACAAUAGCCUCUUUUUAACCUCACGUAGGACAUUUAACCCAUUCCCCGCCAUGUACAGCGUCAAUACACCUGUAAAGCAGAGGUGCAAUUCUUCUUUGUAUUGGCUGUAAAUAGUUUGUAUUUAUUAUGUAUAAAAUGUUGAAUAAUAAAAAAAAAAAGUGGAAUAUCUCUA